AUGUCUGGGGCAUUAUCCAACUCCCCCAAGGACUCGGGUGGUAACCAAACCACUUCGGACCAGCGUCAGAAGAUUCUUGUAACUGGCUGGCGCAAAGCUGGCAAGUCUUCCUGCAUCAAGACAGUUUUCCAGAAUCUCCCUGUGAAGGACGUCCCAUACAUAGGUAUUACGCAGAAGUUAGAGAAGGUGGACUAUGAUUCCGUUACAGAUAUGGGACACGCCGUCGAACUUCGAGCUCGAUCAGCUGGACGCACCCCUGGCUUCAUUCUCAACUAUCGUCUAUGUCAUGGAUAUGCAGCCAUCCGCCAGGCUGUUUAUGUCUUUCUGCGUGGAUAUCUCGCGAACCCGGCCAUGAAGUUCUUCAUCUUCGUACACAAGGCUGAGGCACUGUCUGAAGAUUACAGGCAAGAGAACUUCGUGGAAGUGCAAAGCGGCCUUCAAGAAGAGCUCGAGGACUUUCACUACCCGUCGCUGCAGCAAUAUGCGGGCGCUCUCGAUCUGUCUGACCCGAACACGUGCAACAGUAUCUUCAGCCAUCUUUCCACCGAAGUCAAGCCGGAGAUGACGAGUGUCCAUGACACUCUGUUGCGCGACGCAUGGAGCCGCGUCGUUCAGAAGAACAUGGAGAUGCUACCCUCCGUGGAAGCCCUGCUUCUGAACUUCACUGAAGCUACAAUGGAGCAAGUGACAGAGUAUCUCUCCCGAUUCUUGCAGUUCCGUGACAUCUACAAGGCUUUAGGAUCUGCAACAUCUUCAGGAGCUGCACCUGGUGGGGGCAAUGAUAUUGCAUUGGUGGAUAGUGAAGACACGGAGGCCCCGUGGAUGACUCAAUCAACGCGUUUGUUACCAAACACCACAAUAUCUCUCUGGCAGUUUACACCCGCCUAUCCUUACAGCGGCAGGAUGGCAGCUGUCUCUGAAGAGGAAGUGGAGGCUUUUCUGAGUUCUCUUCGCGCCGCAGAUGUGGAUAAGAAGGUGAACCUCAUCCAGCUUUGGGGCAUAAAGCUUGAAGAUCUUGAAGUUCUCCCAGACCGCUCCAUUGAUGCGAUCACUCUUCUGAUCAGCCCGUUUCUCCGCUCACCUUCGCACCUCUUGGUGACGUCGACGUUGUCUUCGUUCCUUCCUCACUUCAUUCCUCUCAUCCCGUCAUGCCAGGCGCACUCCCACCUCCGAGUGGCGGUCCUAUCGCUCCUUCCUUCUCUCAUGGAGAAGCUCAACGACCCCAAGGACAAGGUUCACGGGCCGGCUCGAAUCUGUGUUUCGUUACUCGGAGCCAAGUGCUAUGAGAUCGAAACCCCCCAAAUCGCGCCAUCAGUGAAAGGAAAGGAGAAAGACUCUUUGACUACUGUGUGGGAGACCGCGGUCAAGGAUACCAUGGGAAGCCGGGGCGUGCGGGCCAAGCUGGAGAUUCUGAAGAUUCUAGCGAAGCUACGGAACGAACCAGUUGCGAAACUCCCUUUGAAACCGUGGCUUCCCAGUCUGGUAGCGCUCCUAGAAGACUCGGACGGAAGUGUCCGCGACAGUGCCCGAGAGUUGCUCUCACCGCCGUCCACUCCAGCUGCGGCCCGUUCGGAGUUGAAGAAACUAAUGCUGGCUCGUGGGGUUCGAAAGUCAAUAUCAGACAGCAUAAUAGCCCGUGUGCUAGGAGGGACUGCGAUCGCAGGAACGAACACCCCUGCUAGGGCAAGCGCUUCGACCCCAGCAACCUUGAGUGCGACUGCUGUGCGCGAUGGACCGACAUCCGCAACCUCGGCCGACGUCGUGGACGUCGUUUACAUUGCGAGCGCAAAGGAUCUCGAGAACGAAUUCAAAGCCAUGAUCCCUCACUUUGCCGGCAAAGAAACUGAGCAUAAUUGGGGGCCCCGUGAACGGGCGGUCAUUCGCAUACGAGGCAUGCUACGAGGGAAGGCAUUCCUCACCCAACCUGAAGCCUUCUUGCAAGGUCUCAAGGCCGGUCUUGUGGAGGGUUUGGUGAAAACUGUGAUUACUUGUGAUCGGGGCGGCCUACUGACGACAUCAGCUCUUGAGCCUUCGCACGACAGUCGCCCAACAAUCAUGCGCGUUGGUGCAAGAGCUCGCCGAGGCUCUGGGCCCAUCUUUGGAUCCGUCGCUCGACCUUCUACUCCCUACGUUGGGGAAGAUGGCGUAAGUAGCGAAGUUCGGACGCCAGAAUUCGCGCUGACGCGCAGCGGAUUGACGAAGCGAAUUGUCGCCGGAAAGUCGCAGAGAGCUGUCACUGCGAUUUUGGUGCACACUUCACCAACGCCGGCCAAACUGAUAGGGCACAUCAGUGCUGCCAUACAGGAUAAGAGUGUCCAGACACGCCAGUACGGAGCUGGGCAUCUGAAAACCUAUCUCGAGGCUCAGGUCGAGGGUCACCGCGGGCUCGUCGAAGGGACAUCGGGUGUGCUGGAGCAGAUCCAGCAGCUCCUCCAAAGGUGUCUGGCUGAUACAAACCCUCUCGUUCGAGAGCAGGGCCGGCUAGCUUUCUGGAGCUUUGAAAAGGUGUGGCCCACCUACGCCUCUACGUUGUUGGCCGCUUUAGACGGCUCGGCUCGAAAACAACUCGAGAAAGCCAAUCCUCGCGCAGGAAGUACCCCCGGGGCCGCCAGGAUCUCUCAGCCCAAGACCCCCCGCAGUUCGGCUAUGAGUGCUUUACUGGCUGCAAAACGUGCUCAAGCCGCUCAGAUUGCAGCCAAGCGUGCAGCGGAGGGCGAAGAUCCUAGCCAGCCGAUAAUCGAGACCUUGCCUUUAGACGGCACCCCCAACAGGGCGCCAAAAAGCCCGCCCUCCGCGCCCAGCGAAGGAACCGUGACACCCAAAGGCGGCCUGGAGUCACCGACUCCAGCCUUUUCGUCACCCAACGUUUCGGCGCGAGUCGCUGGGACCGGCGAGGCCGCCAGUAAUACAGUUGUCACCUCUAGCCUCCGCCCACCAGAAGCGAACAGCCUGAUGUCUACUCCAGCGCCAGGUCUUGAAAACGCGAGGUCCAACGGCUCGAGACCUGAGACACCCGCGAACAUUCCCGAAGGCCCCAACUUGAUCGAGCAGCAAACUGGCCCGGGCAGCACUUUGCAGAGUUCGGUCGGCUCCAGCGCCGUUGCUGCCCCUGGUCAGCAGACGCCGAGAACCAACAUGCGCAAAAGCGGCAUUCCGGUUCGAUCUCCCCCGCGAAAUGGCUCUUCGCCUUCCUCCACCCCCCCAAGGUCAGUGCAGCGAUCGUCUUUCACCUCUUCGCACUCUAAGGCGUCGACAUUGUCCAGAGCGUUGUCUCAAAGCCCAUCUCUCAAGAUUGACUCGAGUAGCGUUGCGUUCUUGGAGAGCGAAACGCCAACCAAAGGCCUUUACCCCUCUGGGUUCCCUGCUCGCCUCCCCCAUCACGAUGUGCGCCGGGUAUCGCACCGAGCAGUUGAUCCCUCCACGACUUCCAUGGAUCACCUCCCAAACUCCCCCGCGGAUGAGCAGAUCCGGGCCCAAGCAGCUCAGGCUUUUUCAGCCGCCCAGCAGCUGCUCGACUUCGACGAUGAUGAAGACGCCAUGGCUGAAGUUCCAGUGACCCCUCUCCGACCCAUUGUGAAACCGACGACCCCUUCGAUGUAUCGCACCCCCACCUCUGCCUACAGUGGACCAUUGAAGCAGCCGUGGGAAGACUCCCCGAGAGCUAUGACGCCGACGCUACUGAAGGCACUGCAGAGCAGGGGAUUCGAACGCAGUUGGUGGACUGAACGCCGCAAACUGCUCGAUCAGAUGGCUAUGUUGAAGCGGGAGCAGUCAUCAGCAGGGGACAGCAUCGAGGAGGAUGUUAAGCACCUGACCUUGGGAAAGCCCUCGGUGUCCAAUCUGCAAUCCAUUGCUCUAUUCUGCACGGCGCACCCGACAGAUUCAUUAGAGGAUUCGACGAGGAACCACUACGCCAGCUCUAGAAGCCUCUGGUCGCACACGCGCUUGUUCGAUCGCAUAUUUGAAGGGUUGGUUAACCUCCUCCGCCCGGGAUUGGCAACCGAUGUUCUGGAGCAAGGCAUGGUGACCCUCUGGGAAUUGGUACAAAACCAGUGGUCACUGUGCGAGGAUCGUGAGGAUGCGUUACUGGAUUCUCUAUUCCAGUUGAGGACAUCAACAAACGGCAUGAUUCUGGAAGCCACCAACGCAAUGAUCUCACUUCUUACGGAAGUGUGUGACCCCCCGUUUCUGUUGUCUCUCCUUCACGCUGCGCUCGAAAGAUUUAUCAGCACUGUGAGGACGGGCACAGGGUUUACCAGCAGAGACCAGGUCUACGGUGAACGCGCCGCUGCUGCAGGGUACAGCUUCGCUCUGAACGCCAUGGGGAUGUGCAUAUUGCAUCUUCCUCAAGAAGCAGUGGAAGUCGAAGCGAAACAGCUAGCAGGUCCUGUUAUGGAGGCCCUACGGCUGGACUCUUCUUGUGCGGUCAUGGCUCGGCAAGCGGCUCACCGAGUGAUUCUUGCAGUGCAGUGUGUAAUCACGGAUGAUGUCCGCACAUUGGCUCUAUUUCCCCGCCUCUCGACUGGCCAGCGAAGCUUUGCCACCUACCUCAUGCAACAGAACGGAGUUAUGGGCAGGGCUGACGACGAGGCAGAGGCCGACGCUCGGCGGCGGACUGUCUUGAACGAGCUGAUCGGAGGUCUGGCCAAAGGCACGCGCGGCUCCAUAUGA